CUGACAUGGGGCUCAAUCCCAAGACCCAGAGAUCAUGACCUGAGCCAAAAUCAAGAGUCAGACACUUAACCGACUGAGCCACCCAGAUACCCCUUUAUUUUUUUAUUUUAAUAGUAACAUUACUUUCCAGAUAAAGCACAUUCAGUUCCAUCAACAGUAUUUGAGUUGCACAUUUUCCUACUAACUUAAUAGCACUUGGUGCUCUUUGUCAGUCUUUCUAAUGAAAAAUAUGUCAUUGCUUCAAUCUGAAUUUAUUUAAAUAUUGGGUAGACUGAGCAUGCUUUCAUUUGCCUACUGGUCAUCUGAAUUUUCUGUAAAUUACCUGUCAACAGUGUACAAUUUCUAGUAAUUUUCAUUAAUUUGUAGAAGUUUUUUGUGUUUAUGGCUAUUAUCAUAUGGGUUACAAAAAUAAUUUCUUAGUUUAUCUUAUACUUUAAUAUGCCCUUUGUUUUUUACUUUUAUAGCAUCAAAUAUAAUCUACAUAGAAUGUUUCCUACACCCCAAGAUUAUUCACAUUUUCCUAAAUAUCUUUUAAUAUUUUUUGUAUUUUAAACUUUUCUUUAGCUAAAUUUCCCCAGCAACUUUUUGUACUGAAGACUUCUAAAAACCACAGGAAAGCUAAAAUAGUGAAACGAACAUCCAUCACAUCCUAGACUUAGUUAUAACAUCCUGCCACAUUUUAUCUUUAUUAAUGUUACAUUUCACUCCUAAAUACUUCAUGCAUAACCUAAAAAUAAGGAGAUUGUCUUAAGAGCAUGGCAUUAGAAAAUUAAUAAUUCCAUAAUUUCCCAAAGUGUCUCAAAACUGGUUUAGGGACACCUGGGUGGCUCAGUCAGUUAAGCGUUUGCCUUUGGCUCAGGUCAUGAUCCUAGGGUCCUGGAAUGGAGUCCGGCAUUGGGCUCCCUGCUCAGCAGGGAGCCUGCUUCUCCCUCUCCCACUCCCCCUGCUUGUGUGCGCUCUCUCUCUCUGACAAAUAAAAAAGUCUUUGGGAAAAAAAAGAUUCGGCAGAGGCCACUGUGCCGACUGGACUUCGCUUGCUCAUGCACCUUGCUCUGCUUCCUCUGCAACCAUGUCUGACAAACCCUACAUGGCUGAGAUUGAGAAAUUCGAUAAGUCGAAAUUGAAGACAGAAACGCAAGAGAAAAAUCCACUACCUUCAAAAGAAAUGACUGAAUGGAAGCAAGCAGGCAAAUCAUGAUGAGGCAUGUGCUGCCAAUAUGCACUGUACAUUCCACAAGCAUUGCCUUCUUACUUUACUUUUAGCUGUUUAACUUUGUAAGACGCAAAGAGGAUCAAGUUUAAAUGACUGCGCUGCCCCUUUUCACAUCAAAGAACUCAUGACAACGAAGGCGCCUGCCUCUCCCAUCAGCCUGUCUUGCUGACAGGGAAGGGAAAGAACUUGCAUGUUGGUGAAGGAAGAAGCUGGGAGGGACGACAGUGAAAUCUAGAGUAAAAAUCAAGCUGGUCCAAGGUGUCCUGCAGGCUGUAAAAUGCAGUUUAAUCGGAGUGCCAUUAGUUUGUUCAAAUGAUUUUAAUUAUUGGAAUGCACAAUUCUUUAAAUAUGCAAUAAAAAGUUUUAAAACCUGA